AUGAUUGAUAUUAAUAGUAGUAGCAGCAGCAGUAGUAGUAAUAAUAAUAAUAGUAAUAAUAAUAAUAAUAAUAAUAAUAAUAAUAAUAGUAAUGUAUUCGAAAUUAAUUCAAGUAUUAAACCAUACUUUACAUGUAUUGUAUUUGUUAUAUCAUUAAUAUUUAUAUGCUCUUCAAAGAAUAUUGUAACCAAACAUUUACCAAUUGGUAGAGCUGGAUCAUCAAUAAUUGGAGCGACAUUAAUGGUAUAUUUUGGAAUUAUUCAACCAAAAGAGAUUGGAUCAGUGAUCAAUUGGGAUACAAUAAUUUUAUUAAUGUCAAUGAUGAUGUUAAGUAAUUAUAUGGAGCAAGCCAAUAUCUGGGGUAUGGCUUCAAAAAUCCUAUUAUGGAAAUGUAAAUCAACAUCAAUUUUCAUGGUUAGAGUUUGUUUAAUUUCAUCAAUUAUGAGUUCAAUUCUAACUAAUGAUACUGUUUGUGUCACAUUAACACCAAUAGUAAUUAGUGCAUGUAAAUCAACCAAUUUAACAUUUUUCCCAUUUUUAAUGGCAAUUGCAACCAGUGCAAAUAUUGGUAGUUCAGCAUUACCAGUUGGAAAUCCUCAAAAUAUGAUCAUUGCAACAGCUGGUGGUUUAAACUUUUUCAAUUUUUUCAAAGUUUCAAUUGUAUCAAGUAUACUUGGUGUUUGUUUAAAUACAAUAUUACUUUUACUUUAUUUUAAAAAAGAUUUAAAAAAUUUAAAUUCAAAUUUUAAUCAAUUAAUUGAAACUGUAAAUCCAAAAGUAGAAGAGAUUGAUAAUAAUCAUCAUGAUGAUGAUGGUGCAAAUAAUCAAUCAAAAAAUGAAAAAGAAAUGGAAAAUAUUAAUAAAGAAGUAGAAGAAGAACAACACAAUAAUGAUGAUGAUGAUGAUGAUGGUUUUAAUGAAAAUAAAAAUAAUAAUAAUAAUGGUGGACAUGCAAUAUUAUUAGUUGCAUCAUCAAUGGAUUCAAUUGAUUUAAGUGAUUGUUCAAUAAUUAAUAAAGAUAAAAAGAAAAAAGAGAAUUUUAUUGAAAUUUAUUUUAAUUCAAAAGAGAAAUCAAUUGAAACUAUAGUUAAUAUUAUAAAGUUAAUAUUUAAAUUUAGAGUUGCAAUAAUAUUAACACUAGUUUUAAUUGGAUUUUUCAUUGGUAUGCAUAUGGGUUUCACGGUAUUAUUUGGUGUUUCAAUAUUAAUGAUUUGUGAAAGAAAAGAUAUCACUGAUAUUAUCAAUAGUGUUGAUUGGGAAUUACUUUUAUUUUUUAGUGGUUUGUUUGUACUGGUUGAAGGUUUCGAUAGACAAUUUGAAAAAGAAGCUUGGACCAUUUUAGAACCAUUCGUACCAAUCGAUUCAACUCAUUUGAAUGUUUUAAAGAUUUUCAUAUUUUCUAUAUUAAUAUUAGUACUUUGUAAUAUAUUAGGAAAUGUACCUUUGGUUUUAUCACUAUCACCAAGACUAUUAGAAGCUUUAGCUCCUGAUUUCACUUGGAUUCUAUUGGCUUUUGUUUCUACUGUCGCUGGUAAUCUAACUUUAGUUGGUAGUGUUGCAAAUUUAAUUGUAGCUGAAAAAUCAAAAUCUUAUCAUGAAAUUGGUUUUUUAGAAUAUUUAAAAUUUGGUGUACCUUCAACUAUAUUAGUCAUUUUAAUUGGUGUACCGAUUGUAGUUUUAAUUGGUAAAUAA